AUUCAGUCAAACAUCUCUUCUUUUCCAAUUACGUAUAUUUUUUUACCUCUACCGGUUACCAGCUUUAUAUCGUUGUAUUGUGUAGUUGCGUGUGAGUUUAAUACUUAAAUAACGAAAUGGCCGAUGCUGAUGAUCUUUUGGAUUACGAAGAUGAAGAAAAUACUGAACAAACUACACCCGACACAGCUAAUACUGAAGUUCAGAAAAAAGGUUUGAAGGGUACUUAUGUAUCUAUUCACAGUUCCGGGUUUAGAGAUUUCCUACUGAGGCCCGAAAUUCUUAGGGCUAUUGUUGACUGCGGUUUUGAACAUCCCUCAGAAGUUCAACAUGAGUGUAUACCACAAGCUGUUAUUGGCAUGGACAUUCUGUGUCAAGCUAAAUCUGGUAUGGGAAAAACGGCUGUAUUUGUGUUAGCUACACUUCAACAAUUAGAACCUACUGAAAAUGCUGUUUAUGUACUCGUUAUGUGCCAUACUCGGGAAUUGGCAUUCCAAAUUAGUAAAGAAUAUGAACGUUUUAGUAAGUACAUGUCAAACAUCAAAGUCGCUGUAUUCUUUGGAGGCUUACCAAUCCAGAAAGAUGAAGAAAUACUUAAAAAUAAUUGCCCACACAUUGUGGUUGGUACACCAGGACGUAUUUUGGCUCUAGUCAGAUCAAAGAAAUUGAAUUUGAAACACCUGAAACAUUUCAUCCUUGAUGAAUGUGAUAAAAUGUUGGAGCUCCUAGAUAUGCGACGUGAUGUCCAGGAAAUAUAUAGAAACACGCCCCAUGGAAAACAAGUAAUGAUGUUUAGUGCGACACUCAGCAAGGAAAUUCGGCCAGUUUGCAAGAAAUUUAUGCAAGAUCCUAUGGAAGUGUAUGUUGAUGAUGAAACUAAAUUAACUCUGCACGGUCUCCAACAACAUUAUGUAAAACUUAAAGAAAAUGAAAAGAAUAAAAAAUUAUUCGAAUUACUCGAUGUCUUGGAAUUCAACCAGGUCGUCAUUUUUGUAAAAUCUGUUCAGAGGUGUGUAGCUUUAGCUCAACUAUUAACCGAACAGAAUUUCCCAGCAAUUGGAAUUCACAGAGGAAUGGAUCAAAAAGAAAGAUUAUCUCGUUAUGAACAAUUCAAAGACUUUCAAAAGAGAAUCUUGGUAGCUACCAACUUAUUUGGUCGAGGUAUGGAUAUUGAAAGAGUAAACAUUGUAUUUAAUUAUGAUAUGCCAGAGGAUUCCGAUACAUACUUACAUAGGGUUGCUAGAGCAGGACGUUUUGGUACAAAAGGUCUCGCCAUAACUUUUGUUUCUGAAGAAGGAGAUGCUAAAAUCUUAAAUGAAGUACAAGAUAGAUUUGAUGUUAAUAUUACAGAAUUACCUGAUGAAAUUGAUCUUAGUUCAUACAUUGAAGGACGAUAACUUGAAAGUUUUAGUUUAAGGAUAGAUUAAGCUUUUAUUCAUAUUUGAACGUUUUUUUAAAAAUGAUUAUACAUUUAUUUCGUAUAUGUAAAAUAGAAUAACUAAGAUUGAGUUACUGAGAAUAAAUGAGAAUUAAUUUUUUAAAA